AGAUGAAGGAAGGAUGCACACAGACAGAAAUGGGGAAGCAGUAAGAGUACAAAACCCAUGAUUUUAUUCACUGCUGCACUCCACAUCCAAACACAGAUUUCAAGAUGAAAUUUUUGCUAGCGUUGGUGAUGCUGACAGUAUGUGCUGCAAGUCCUCAAGAUCUGUCAGGUAAAAUGUUUACCUUCCCUCAAGAGACCAACACAGCUCGUGUGACGCUGAAUGCAUCAGGACAAGAUUUUACCUCUGCAACCGUCUGUCACAGGUCCUUUACAGACCUCAAGAGGGACCACAUCCUUUUCUCAAUGUCCACACCCUCUAAUUCCAAUAGCUUUCUGAUUUUCUGGGACGAAACAAAUAAGGAGUUGGAGCCCCAUAUCAGGGAUAAAAAGUUAGAAUAUCGAGGACUGGACUACAAACCGAACAUGUGGCACUCUAUUUGUACCACAUGGGACUCUACAACUGGACUGGUACAGAUGUGGUUUGAUGGACAACCUUUGAUUAAGAAAUUUUCCAGCACAGGAUCAAACAUCAGAGGUUCCAACAUAAUUAUAUUAGGACAGGAGCAAGAUUCUCAUGGUGGGGGAUUUGACCUUAAGCAGUCUUUUGUUGGCAUGAUGUCUGAUGUCUACAUGUGGGACUACGUCCUUUCACCCUGUGAAAUCCAUAACUACAUGGAUGAUCUCAGCUUCACCCCAGGGAAUGUGCUCAACUGGAGGGCGCUGGAGUUCCAGAUCACUGACAGAGUGCUGAUAGAAGACACACUGAUGACCUGUCACUAAACUUUUGAAACAAAACUGUUAAUGUCUUGCAAAGUCAAAAUUGCACGCACUGUGCCUUAAUGUCCAAUGUAAAUGUAAGUUACCAAUGUCAGCAUUUUAUGUUCAAUCACAGUUUAUGAAGGGUCUCAUUUAUCUUCAAACAAUGUUAUUGUUUUAAUCUCAGUCGUUCUGCUUAUUUUAUUGCUCCAUACAAAGUUUUGAUGAAGCUACAGUAAGGCUGCAGUAGUCCUGUGUUACACAAAACAAUCGGGAUUUGACAAAAUCUUGUUCAAUAAAGUCGUUCUAUGAA